CUGUUUUCGAACGAUCAACAUUUUGGAUUUGUUGAGAAGCUAUAUCGUGAGACGAAGAACUUUGUUACCGAUUUCAAACUGUGAGAAUACACAACGUACUAGCUCUACCAAGGACGUACAGAUAUAAAAUAGACACUGCAAGUUAAUUUGCAUUCCGAACACAAGAGCAUGGCUCCAGUCACCAACGACGCUUUGCAGAAUUUAGAGAAAAUGGCAAGCCAGAAUCAGCAAGUGCUUCGAGGGAUUUAUUCGCUUGGAUUCUUGACAACCCCGCAGCAUCACGUCAUCAAUCAUGACGUCAUCAAACAUGACGUAACGAACCGCUGUGGCAGUACAGCGGAGAGCGGGAGUGAGGACGACGUUGAAGAUGAAAUUGUAAACGUUACCGACGACGACGAUGUUGUUUUAACAGCAUCUGAAACCCAAACCGGCAACCCUACUGAAGUUAAAAAAUCCGAGACUCUCAACCAGGAUCGCCACACUAACUGUCAGGGAGGCAAGGCAUACCAACGCCGACCCAAGCCGCCAUUUUCCUAUAUUGCCCUGAUCGCUAUGGCGAUACGGGACUCGGCCAACGGCAAGCUAACAUUGGCAGAGAUCAACGAAUACUUGAUGAAGAAAUUCCCAUUCUUCCGCGGAUCUUAUACUGGUUGGCGCAACUCGGUCCGACACAACCUGUCAUUGAACGAAUGCUUUCAAAAGAUUCUGCGUGAUCCAUCCAGGCCGUGGGGAAAAGAUAACUACUGGACCAUCAACCCGAACAGCGAAUACACAUUCGCCGAUGGUGUGUUCAGGCGCAGAAGAAAACGUCUCGCUGCCAGAAUUUCAAGAAAAUCGCCAGUUGCUCGUGGCCCAAUGAUGACAUCACUCGUUACUACGUCAUCACCCACACCCACAGUGAUGUCAUCACGUUCUAUCUCCAGCGACGAAUCACGAAGCGACAGCGAGAGCGUGGGUUCUCCAGCCCCAUUCUCUAUUGAAAGUAUCUUAUCACGAAAAGAUUCCAAAGUCCCAAAGCGGCCAAGUAUUGACUACCACCACCAGGUGAGCCACCAGCAACUACCGACCUCUCCUCCCAGAGAUGUCACUGGAUUCCCCCUGUCGUUGUACACCCAGAAUCCAUUCUUGGCAUACAAAUCGUGCUCACUGGAUCCCGUGGCUUACCAGCAGUUCAUGCACUUCCAAGCUGUCCAGGCAAGCAUGCUAGCAGCUGCAUCCAACCAAACCCGUACCAGUUCGCCCCCACUUUUUAACAAGAAUAUGUUCCUUUAUCCUCCAUAUGCAUUCACCAGCCCAUUCGGCAGGGAACGGUUAAUACCGACGUAAACAAAAAUAGCAAACAGAAUAUCUAGCUGAGCUACAAGCCAUGCGACGUACUUCCACUACGGAGGUUAAGUUACCUAUUCUAAUUUAAAGACUUUUUAUUUUUUGCAUAUACUUUGUUUGUACUUAAACAUAACGAUGGUGUCAACUCGACGCCUGACCUAUUUUUACAAAGAGACCACAUGUGCUCUACUGUAUUUAGCGAAUACUUUGUGUAGAAACUUCAACACAAAGUGCUGCUGCCUUCCAAGCGGAGGCCCUGAACACUUUUCAUCAGCACAAUUUUUUCAGAUAUCUGUUUAUUUGUAUAUGAGGUAUCGUUUGAUUUACAUACCCGGAAACCAACUUCAACUGUAGCUGCAAUUUUUAUGUCAGACUAUGCAAACGGUGCCGUUAUUUUAAUUCCCCUUUCGCCUCACUCUGACACAGUUUUGAGAUAGAUGACCAAGUGGUGUGUCCACCACUGCCUUAUUAUUUUACUAGCAGCGUUGUAGAAGUAGCGUACGGAUACGGCCUUUAUAAAUACGGGUGUUCUUUUCCGAUCGCGAUUUUCUACAAUCUAUUUGCACGACAUGAUCAUACUUGUUUAUGAUUGCACUUUGUACGCACGUAGAUUUAUACGCAUUUGUAAAAAGGCUUAAUUGCAUUGUGAGUUCCACGAGUAUUCCACGGGACAUAAAGUUAGUGUCGACAAUAUGCAUUAAUUCAACUAUAUUUUAAAACGUCCGUUUCCGAACAUUUUCAAUAAUGUGUCAAUGAAUUUAAAUGAAACAUAUGUAAAUCAUUUUUGUUAUAAUUAACAACCUGGUGAUAUAAUUAACUACGAUCGCAAUGUAUUCUAUAUAUUCUGGCUUUGCAAUACAAGACUCACCUUCAUA